GCUCACUUUCUUUGUGUGGAAUGACGCUUGUUGUUAGCUCCCGUUGCUACUAGCCGUGCCGUCGGCCCGCUUGUGCUGAUGGAGCGCUUUCUGGCUCUGCUGCGCCUGCUGGGGAGGAGGCGCGGGGGGAGGCGGUACCGGGCGGAGGAAGACUACCAGGAAGGCUACGAGGACGUUUACUUGUACACUAGCAAGUACAACACACACCUUCUGAAUGACGGUCCGUACACCAAACACUCGGCGGGCUCGAGACCUUCGGAUGGAGCGCUGGCCAUCAGGAGGCAGAGUAUACCGGACGAGUUCAGGGGGUGCACGGUGGUGGAGCUGAUGAAGAAGGAGGGCACCACGCUCGGACUGACCGUCUCUGGCGGCAUCGACAAAGAUGGCAAGCCACGGGUAUCGAACCUACGGCAGGGAGGAAUCGCCUCCAGGAGCGACCAGCUCAACGUGGGUGACUACAUCCGCGCAGUGAACGGCAUCAACUUGGCCAAGUUCCGUCACGACGAGAUCAUCAGUUUGCUAAAGAACGUGGGCGAGCGCGUGGUGCUGGAGGUGGAGUACGAGCUGCCGCCCGUCUCCGUGCAGGGGUCAGGGGUCAUGUUCAAGACCGUGGAGGUGACGCUGCACAAAGAUGGAAACAGCUUCGGCUUCAUCAUCAGAGGCGGAGCCACUGAAGACAGGAACAAGUCCCGGCCCAUCGUCAUAACAACCAUUCGCCCGGGCGGGUCCGCAGACCGGGAGGGAACCAUCAAGCCGGGCGAUCGCUUGCUGAGCAUCGAUGGGAUCCGUCUCCAUGGCAACACGCUGUCAGAGGCCAUGAAUAUCCUUAAGCAGUGCGGUCAGGAAGCCACGCUGCUCUUAGAGUACGACGUGUCCGUCAUGGACUCGGUCGCCACGGCGUCCGGCCCACUGCUGGUGGAGGUUGCCAAGGCGACGGGCUCCAGUCUGGGCGUGGCUCUGUCCACCUCCAUGUUCUGCAGCAAGCAGGUCAUCGUUAUUGACAAAGUCAAACCGGCCAGCAUAGCUGACAGGUGCGGCGCUCUCCAUGCAGGAGAUCACAUUUUGUCCGUGGAUGGAAAGUCAAUGGAGUUCUGUUCUUUGGCUGAAGCGACUCAGCUGCUCUGCGCUUCCUGUCAGACCGUGCGUAUGGAGAUCCUGCCUCAGCACCAGGCCCGGCCUGCCCUCAGCGCACCACAGCAAGUAAAGGUGCAGCGUUCUCCCCGCACCCUCCCCUGGGAGACCGGUGGCUCCGCCCCUGUCCUCCCACCUUACCACUACAACACAUACCACCCUGACCAGUCAGGUGCCAGAUCCCAGAACCGGCACGCAAACAACUCCUCGCUCAGCCACUCGUUCUCGCCGGGUUCCAUGUCGGCCUACAGUCUCUCGUCCCUCAACAUGAGCACCCUGCCCCGGAGCGCGUAUCCCACAAGUCCACGGGGCACGCUGAUGAGGAAGAAGCAGAAGAAGAAGGACUUUAAGAGUUCCUUGUCAUUGGCGUCCAGCACUGUGGGUCUUGCCGGUCAGGUGGUGCACACGGAAACCACGGAGGUGGCGUUGCUAGGCGACGGCAUCAUGGGCUUUGGCCUUCAGCUGCAAGGCGGAGUCUUCGCCACCGAGACACUGUCUUCGCCGCCACUCAUCGCCUACAUCGACCCCGACAGUCCCGCUGAGAGGUGUGGCAUCCUGCAGAUUGGAGACAGGAUCUUGUCCAUAAAUGGGGUUCCAACUGAAGACUCCACUUUGGAAGAAACCAAUCAGCUGCUCAGAGACUCCUCCAUCACAGCACAACUCACCCUGGAGAUCGAGUUUGAUGUGGCUGAGUCAGUCAUUCCGUCCUCGGGAACUUUUCACGUGAAGCUUCCAAAGAAACCAGGAGUAGAGUUGGGAAUCACCAUCAGCUCGCCGUCCAACAGGAAAUCGGGUGACCCUCUGAUCAUUUCGGACAUCAAAAAGGGCAGCGUGGCUCACAGGACGGGGACGCUGGAGUUGGGAGACAAGCUGCUGGCCAUCGAUAACAUCCGCGUAGAGAACUGCUCCAUGGAGGAGGCCGUCCACAUCCUGCAGCAGUGUGAGGAGCUGGUGAAGCUGAAGAUCCGUAAAGAUGAAGACAACUCAGACGAGCAAGAAGUGUCAGGCAGCAUCAUCUACACGGUGGAGCUGCAACGCUACGGCGGUCCGCUAGGAAUCACCAUCUCAGGCACCGAGGAGCCUUUUGACCCCAUCAUCAUCUCCUCACUCAGCAAAGGGGGGCUGGCAGAGAGGACGGGCGCGAUCCACGUGGGCGAUCGUAUCUUGGCCAUCAACAGCAGCAGCCUGAAGGGCAAACCUCUGAGCGAGGCCAUUAGUCUGCUGCAGCAGGCGGGAGAGACGGUCACGCUCAAGAUCAAGAAGCAGGGCGAGCUGUCCAGUCCCAAGUCCUGCGUGAUUGGCUCAGUGACGGGGGCGGGGCCUAACCAGGAGAACCACGAGGAGGAUGAGGAGGAGCCUGUUGUCAUGGUAGCACCCCCUUCCAGUCAGAGGUUGUUCAACACGCUGCCGUCCGUAGACAGCGCCGUGGAGUCCUGGGAUGGAUCCAACAUGGAUGGCAGCUUCUCUGGCCCGGCUGCGCCAUUCCAGUCGUCGGCUUUCACCUUCCACGAGUGGCGCAACGCCAAGAUCAGCAACAGCCAAUCACCCGCCUCCUCCCGCCAAAGAGCCAAUCCGCUGUCAGACCUCGGCCUCAACGAUGACUGGGAUCAGGCCGCACUCGGAGGAACCUGUAAUGUCGCCAGUGGUCUUAUUUCUGACAGCAGGUUCAUUGUGGGCCAUGAUGGGACUGAACCCGACCAGGAAGAGAACUUCUGGUCUCAGGCCCUAGAGGAUCUGGAGACGUGUGGUCAGAGUGGAAUCCUCAGAGAACUGGAGGAGUGUGAAAAGGAGGCGGAGCUCGUCACUGGGGCAACCAUCAUGUCAGGCUCCUCCCUCAGUCUCAACCAGGACCCCGCCCCCAUGCGCAGCACGCUCGGACGCCAGGCGAGCUUCCAGGAGCGCAGCAGCACCCGACCCCUGGUGACCCCGCGCUCAAACACUUUGCCCUCUGACCCCCAGCGCCGAGCCUUCGCCAUGAAGAAGAUGAGGCAGGAAGUCAAUGACAUUCUCAACCAGAACCCAGUAGAACUUCACAAACUGACUGUGGAGAAGUCUUCUGACUCGGAGGACUUUGGCUUCAGCGUGUCAGACGGCGUGUUGGACCGCGGCGUGUACGUCAACAACAUCCGAGCGGGCGGUCCGGCGGAGCGCGGCGGCCUGCAAGCGUACGACCGCUUGCUGCAGAUCAACCACGUCCGCACGCGAGACUUUGACUGCUGCCUCGUGGUGCCGCUCAUCGCCGAGUCGCCAAACCACUUGGAGCUGGUCAUCAGCCGAAACCCCGCCUCCUCCACCAACCCGCUGGCCAAUCACACGGAAGGACGCUCCUGUCCGACGGAAUCGUCCGAGCCGCGCGCGGACACCGAGAACGUUGACGCUCCCAUCAAGUGGAAGAAGCCGGGGGAGGGUCUGGGGGCGGGGCUAGUCACCAACACUUCCUUUUAGUGGUGUUGCUGGAACCACCAGACCCCGCCCCCUAGCCGGCCCCCCACUCCCACGGUGCUACACAAACUCUCCAUUGCAGUGAACUUUGAGCUCUGAAAGCACACUGAUGGAGCAGCCACCUCCCGUCGUCAAGCGGAGUUACGAGAGAAGCACAGCUGUGGUUGCCAUGGAGACCACACACACACUCCAGUCAGUCUAAAGAGCUAAUGAACGCUCCAGGAGGGAAAAGUAAUAUUAUGACAAAGACACUAAGAAGUUCUCAAAUAUUUUUUUUUACAAUUACACGUGACUUGACUGGCCACACUGUGUGUGUGUGUGUGUGUAUGUGUGUGUGUGUGUGUGUGUGUGUGUGUGCACUUGUCGUCUUUGGCCAGAGAACCCCCGCCCCCAUUUCCCUUAGCCAAUAGACAGGCAGGAUGACAGACAGAUUCAUCUGAUUGGCUGGAACCAAUCAUUCAAAAGAUGCCUGAUUCUGAUUGGUUCUCUUCCCCAGGUUAACCAAUCAGCUUCCAGGAAGCAGCCAAGCAUGACCCCCCCCCCCCCCCCUCCAGUAGCUGUGAUCUAUUAUGCUAAUCAAUUGGUGUGUUUUUGAUUGACUGUUGUCACUUUUCUGUUUGUUUGUUACCAUGACGACUGGACCUCAAACUGUGUACAAUAGAUUAAAAAAAAAAAAGGUUCAGUCCGUCAUCAUCGAGCCAUAAAACCAUUUUACAUUAAUGUAUAUAUAUAUAUAAAUAUAUAUAUAUAUAUAUAUAUAUAAAAAAAAAAUCCUGUUAAACAGGGAACUUGUGAAGCGUGCGUGUGUCAACGUUUGAGUUCUCAUUGGAACGAUAACGUUCAAAGCCACCAAUCAGAAACCUCCUUGAAACCACUCGCUGCUCUGAUUGGUCGUCUUAUUUGGACCUGGACAGAUGUUAACUGAAGCACAGACUGGUGGCCAUCAUGCUAGCCAGGAGCUGGCAGACACGAGCACAGGGCCAACUUGGCACAAAGCUAAUAUCAGCUGUCGUCACCCCGUGAAAAGAAGCGCAGCUAACAUUAUGAAUACACCGCAGACUAACAGCAUACGUUAAUGAUAAUAUAUCAGUUAUUAACAUUUAUUAUGACACUAUUAAUUCACAAAAAAGAGAGAAAGGCUAACAGCGAACCUGCUUGAAAUCAGGGGAAUGAGUCUGAUGUUGAGGGACGUGGCUUCAGAAUGCGCGUGAUCAAGCCAUACACACUGUGUUUGUACGCACGUGCUGCGUACGUGCGUGCACGUGUUUGCGUGCGCAAGCAACAUCGCAGGGAUUUGCACUUGGCCUCCACCACACUCCCUACACACGUGCACGCGCACGCACACGCAUUGGACUGCCAUUGGAACUAAAGAGUCCAUUCCCAUGUAGCUUCACCAACCAAACCGUAUUUUCUUUAAGGAACAAGGAUGUUGUAAAGUAUUUUUCUACUAAUUUAAUACUUUGGUAGCAUGAUGUUCCUGCUGUUUGUCCUGUCUCCACUUUCUUUGUAUGGACGACUACUGAGCAACAAUAAAGACCCACUAUAGUAGUACU